UUUUUUCCUUUCCCUCUUUAAGGAUUAAAUAAUAUAUAGGACAGCUAUUAUAAGCAAGAUCUCUUCAUUCGUCCUCGGUAAACGCCUAAGUUCUUAAAUGUGUACAUAUUCAAGCGUUCAUCUUCCUCCACAAACACAAAAUGAGUGGCUGAUCUCUCAGUCAUGUCGUUGCUCGUACUCAUCAUAUUCAUCCAUUUCUUUUUCAGCUUCUUCAGUUUUGCCAUAAUCGAGGCCAUUGACCUUCACUACCUAAAUCACAGUUGUUCAAGUAACAAAACCUUCACCCCAAUCAGCUUCUACAAUUCCAACCUCCAAACCCUUCUCACAUCCCUAUCUUCCCAUGCCACCACUGCACAAUUCUUCAACAGCACAACGGGUGGUGGAGACACCGGCGAAACCAUUUAUGGCUCCUUCAUGUGCCGUGGUGAUGUCACCAACCACACGUGCCAAGAAUGCGUUAAAACUGCAACCCAACAAAUAACUCUACGGUGUCCCAACUCCAAAGAUGCUUUAAUUUGGUACCACGAAUGUUUGGUCCGUUACUCCAACAGUUGUUUUUUCUCCACCAUGGAGGAAUGGCCUAGGUUCGACCUCUUGGAUUAUUAUAACGUAACUAAGAAUUCAACAAAGGAAGGAAGUUACGGGUGGUUGUUAGCUAAAACGUUGAGUGAUGCAGUGGGUGAGGCUGCGAACGCUGGCCCUGAGGGUACCAUGAAAUUUGCAACAAAAAACGCGACCUUGUCUGGAUCUCAGAGUUUGUAUACUCUAGUUCAGUGCACGCCGGAUCUAUCAAGCAAAGAUUGCAGUAAGUGUUUGGGUGAUAUUAUGAGAGAUAUUCCUUUAUGUUGUCUUGGAAAGUGUGCGAUGGUUCUAUAUCCAAGCUGCACUUUGAUGUUUGGGUUAAGUCGUUUCUACAGAGACGUCGUUGCUCUUGGAGUUGUUGGUUCUAAUAUUGGUACACAAGAACCAGAACCUUCAGGAAACAAAAACAGUUCAUCACGACCAAUUGUUAUAGUUGUCAUCCUUCUCAUUUUGGCAACGCUAAGCUUUUUGCAAUGUUAUUUCUUACGAAGAAGAGCAAGAAAGCGUCAUUAUAAUAUUCUUCUAAGAGAAAACUUUGGUCGUGAAAGUGUCACUCUAGAGGGAUUGCAAUUUGAGUUGGCUAUAAUUAAAACAGCAACAAAUAACUUUUCACUCGAAAACAAGAUUGGAAAAGGUGGAUUUGGCGAAGUUUACAAGGGUAUUCUUCCUUGUGGACGACACAUUGCUGUUAAAAGACUAUCAACAAGUUCUCAACAAGGUUCGGUUGAAUUCAAAAAUGAGAUUUUAUUGAUAGCAAAAUUACAACAUAAAAACCUUGUGGAGUUAAUAGGUUUUUGCCUAGAUAUGCAAGAGAAGAUUCUUAUAUAUGAAUUCAUGCCGAACGGGAGCCUUGAUAAGUUUUUAUUUGGUACUCAACAAAACAGUAUAAGUUGGUCUAAGCGCUAUAAAAUUAUAGAAAUGAUUGCUCGAGGAGUUCUUUAUUUACAUGAAUAUUCUCGACUUAAAAUUAUACAUCGUGAUCUCAAACCUAGUAAUAUUUUAUUAGACGAACAUAUGAAUCCUAAGAUAUCAGAUUUUGGUAUGGCUAGAAUUGUUGAAAUAGAUCAAGAUCGUGGAAAAACCAAAAGAAUAGUUGGAACAUGGGGUUAUAUGUCUCCAGAAUAUAUAAUGUUUGGACAAUUUUCUGAAAAGUCAGAUGUUUUUAGUUUUGGAGUCAUGGUUUUAGAGAUUAUUACAGGAAAAAGGAAUAUAAAUUCACAUGCAUCACCCUAUAUGUCAAAUGGUCUCUUGAGCUAUGUUUGGAGACAGUGGAAGGACCACACACCAUUGAGCAUAUUGGAUCCAAUAUUGAAAGAAAGUUAUUCCCAAAUUGAAGUCACUAAAUGUAUUCAAAUUGGUUUACUAUGUGUUCAAGAAAAUAAAAACAAUAGACCUACUAUGACAAAAGUUGUUUCAUAUCUUGAUGGCCACACACUCUUGCCAUCUCCACUGAAACCAGCAUUUUUCUUGCUGGACAAGAUCCAUCAAAAUAUAGCUACACAACAUAUUUCUGUGAAUGAGAUGUCUAUAAGUACAUAUUGUGCUAGAAUCCCGUUCAUACACUGCGCCUUCUCUGAUUACUGCCCGUUUACGCGCAUUUGCAUGCCCUUCACUUAUUUCUUCGACUCAGUGAAGAAAAUUUCUCGGCAUAACAGAAUCAUGAUUACCAAGUCCAAACAGAAUCUAACUCUGUUCCAACUUUGCACCCUUUUACUCACCAUAGCAGAAACCUCGGCAUCAGUGUUCAACAACGUUAGCUGCACGAGCAACAAGACUUUCACUCCAAACAGCACCUUCAACACCAACCUCAACACCCUUCUCUCCUACCUUUCCUCAAACGUAACCAACAACGUUAGAUUCUUCAACGCAACCGUAGGGAAAGAUUCGAACACCGUCUAUGGCCUCUACAUGUGCCGUGGAGACGUGCCGUUUGCUCUAUGCAGAGAGUGUGUGGGUUUUGCAACACAAACAAUACCUUCGUCAUGUCCCACAUCAAAAGAAGCUGUGAUUUGGUACAACGAGUGUUUGUUGCGCUACUCUUACAGGUUCAUCUUCUCUAAAAUGGAAGAGUGGCCAAGGCACAAGAUCAAUAUUCCAUUGGGGGAUCCUGUGGUUUUGCAUAGUAAUGGAUUCUACACUGCGUUAGGAUCCAUUUUCGAUGAAUUACCAAAUAAAGCAGCACUGGAUCUUAGUGAGUCUAAUGGAUAUGCCGUUAAGCAAGAAAAUGCUUCUGGCAGUGUAACACUGUAUGGUCUCGCGCAGUGCACGCCGGACUUGGCUGCCGGAGACUGCAAACUGUGUGUUGCCGAUGCGGUGGCCGAGUUUGUCAAGUCUUGUUGCGGAGGGAGCAUAGGGGCGAGUGUUCUGUUUCCCAGUUGCAUUGUAAGGUAUGAGACGUAUCCGUUUUAUCAGCAUUCGGGAACCUCUGCGCCAACAAUGAUUCAGCGUGGAAGAAAUAUUGGAACUGAAGUGCUUGUGAUCGUUGUUGUCUUGCUUGUGGUUUUGGCGAUGCUUUUUGGCUUUAGCUAUUGUUUCAUCCGGAUAAAAGCGAGAAAGAAACGCAAGGCCAGUGACAGAGAAAACUUUGGGCCAGAACUCACUGUCUUGGAGUCUUUGGAAUUUGAUUUGGCUACAAUUGAAGCAGCCACAAACAAGUUUUCUGAAGACCGCAGGAUAGGCAAAGGGGGUUAUGGAGAAGUCUACAAGGGAAUCCUUCCUAACGGAGAAGAAGUAGCUGUAAAGAGAUUAUCAACAAAUUCUAAGCAAGGAGGGGAGGAAUUCAAAAAUGAAGUGUUGUUAAUAGCCAAACUUCAACACAAAAAUUUGGUGAGAUUAAUAGGAUUUUGCCAAGAAGACAGAGAGAAAAUACUUAUCUAUGAGUAUGUGCCUAACAAGAGUCUUGACCACUUCUUAUUUGAUUCCCAAAAGCACAGACAAUUAACUUGGCCGGAGCGGUUUAAAAUCGUAAAAGGAAUUGCAAGAGGUAUUCUUUAUCUACAUGAAGAUUCUCGUCUUAAGAUUAUACACCGUGAUAUCAAACCAAGCAAUGUUCUAUUGGACAAUGGCAUCAAUCCAAAAAUCUCUGAUUUUGGAAUGGCAAGGAUGGUAGCUACAGACCAAAUUCAAGGAUGCACGAAUAGAGUUGUGGGCACAUAUGGUUAUAUGUCUCCUGAAUAUGCAAUGCAUGGACAAUUUUCUGAGAAGUCUGAUGUAUUCAGUUUUGGAGUUAUGGUUCUUGAGAUUAUUAGUGGCAAGAAGAACUCUUGUUCUUUUGAAUCAUGUCGUGUUGAUGACCUAUUGAGUUAUGCAUGGAAUAACUGGAGGGAUGAAUCACCAUAUCAAUUGCUGGAUUCAACUCUGCUAGAAUCUUAUGUUCCAAACGAAGUGGAAAAGUGUAUGCAGAUUGGUUUAUUGUGUGUGCAAGAAAAUCCAGAUGACAGGCCAACAAUGGGAACAAUUGUUUCAUAUCUUAGCAAUCCUUCAUUUGAAAUGCCAUUCCCUCUAGAACCAGCAUUUUUUAUGCAUGGCAGAAUGAGAAGACAUUCAGCUGAACAUGAAUCAUCUUCAGAGCAUAUGCCAAAAGUGAAAAGCACCAUGGCAGCAACAAUAGGGAUAACAAAUGUAAGAUUCACUUCAACACGAUUCCGUCCUGAGCAAACAUCAUUAGAAUUCAAUGAUCAACCACUCACUACUCAAAAUCAAAGCACAAUUCACUACUUACUAGAACUGUACCUGAAGGGCGAGACUUCACAACCGGUGUGGCCAAUAUUUUAGUGCUAUUGUAAAAUGGAUACACUUGAUAUCUGAUAUUGCAUCCGGGAAGCAACACCCUUGCCCCUUGUUUCCCAUCACAGCAAUUUGGAACAGACGCAAUGGCGCUUCUGAAACACAUGUUGCAAUCGAACAAGGACAACUCUGGUGUGCACUGCACUAACCCAUAAAGGGUUACUGAACUCGUCAAAUUCACUUCCCCUGUUUCGAACUUCUCAUCCUCGGAAUUCGCAGCUUUCGUUGCCAGAGCGUUCAACAAUCCCGCCAGCACCUCGUUGAACCGGUCAAGGUCAGCGCCAGCCACGCUUUUGGAAUCAGACAUGUCCACUGC